GAGGGAGGGAGGCAGGCAGAGAGAAGGAGAGGGAGACCAUUAGCAGAUUUACAAACAGUGGCAGAGCAGAGCUGAGCAGAGAGAGAGCUGAGGAGUCCCUGUUUCACCAGGUUUCAUCACAGUCUUUGUGCACGGCAGGACCGGGAGAAAAUGCAUCUGGAGGAGAAGCUGUGAAUCCUUCCGUGUGGAGUAAGAGCUGCCAUUGGGAACCGAGGAAGAGGAGGUCUGGACCAAAGAGCAAUCACACCCCCCCGACAAUCUCAGAUGGAGGUGGAUGCAGAGGAAAAGUGCCAUCGUACGCGCUCCAAAGGAGUCAGGGUGUCUGUGGAACCGGCGGUACAGGAGCAGUUCAGCUGCCCCACACCUGGGUGCGAUGGCAGCGGGCACGUCAGUGGCAAAUAUGCAAGACACAGAAGUGUCUACGGCUGCCCUCUGGCCAAGAAGAGGAAAACACAGGACAGACAACCCCAGGAGCCAGCCCCGAAAAGGAGGGCCUUCCUGAGCCGCUCCGAAAACUCCUCUGUGGACGAGUGUUACGAGACAGACGGCGCAGAGGAGGUGGACGAGAAGGAGCAGGAGGAGGUGGAGGAGGAGCAGGAGGAGGAGGAGGAGGUGGAAGAAGAUGAAGAGGAGGAGGAGGUGGAAGAAGAUGAAGAGGAGGAGUACUCGGAGGACAACGAGGAGCAGGGUGAGGAGGAGGAGGAAGAGGAGGAUGAAGGAGAGGUGGAGAGGGGGGAGAGGGAGGAGGUGGAUGACGGCGUAGAGGAAGAUGAGGAGGAUGGAGAGGAAGGAGAUGAGGAGGAAGAUGAGGAAGAAGAAGAGGAAGAAGAGGAGGAGGAAGAGCAUGAAGGACAAGGCCGUGCGCACGAGAACAAGCAGCCAAAUGGCGGCUACAGCAAACCCGGCCAGGCGGGGGAGAAGGACAGCAACAACGGCGAGGAGUACGAGAACUACGACGAGCUGGUGGCCAAGUCUCUGCUGAACCUGGGCAAGAUCGCCGAGGAUGCGGCGUACCGCGCCAUGACCGAGUCCGAGAUGAACAGCAACUCCUCCAACAGUGCCGGCGAGGACGAGGAGGACGAGGAGGAGGAGGAGAAGGGCGAGAGGAAGGGCGAGCUGAGCCUGGACGUGGACAGCGAUGUGGUGCGGGAGACGGUGGACUCCCUCAAGCUCCUGGCACAGGGCCACGGCGCCCUGCUGGCCGACGACCUGGAGGGGCGGGGCUACGUGGGCGUGGAGGCAGAGCCCGGGCGGGGCUGCGGGGAGGGCGUCGGCCGGGCGGAGCAGAACGAGGAAGAGGUGUGUCUCAGCAGCCUGGAGUGCCUGCGCACCCAGUGCUAUGACCUGGCCCGCAAGCUGAGCGAGACGCAGCCCACGGAGCGGCCGGGCCACGGCCCCCUGCCGCAGCACUCCUACCCCCACCCUCACCUGCAGCACCCCGUACAGACGCACCUGCAGCGCCCGGAGCAGACACACCUGCAGCCCGGCUUCGGCUGCGCUCAGGUCCUGCAGGACGACCGCAGCUUCUCCGACAUGGUCAACCUGAUGCGGCUGGAGGAGCAGCUGAGCCCGGGAUCCAAGGGCUUCCCGGGACACGCCCCCCGCGAGGGGGACGAGGACACCGCCUCCGUGGCCUCCGAGCGCUCCGACGAGGCCUUCGACAUGGCCAAGGGCAACCUGACGCUGCUGGAGAAGGCCAUCGCGCUGGAGUCCGAGCGAGCCAAGGUGAUGAGGGACAGGAUGGCCAGCGAGCAGACGCCUGCGCGCAGAGAACUCAGCCCCCGCCAGAGCUGCGCAGCCGAGGAGCGCAAGUCCCGGCCACACCAUGACAAGAGGCCCUACUACCCUAAAGAUUCCUCUCGGAGUGAGAAGAAAGAGAGCAAGUGUCCGACGCCAGGCUGCGACGGCUCAGGUCACGUGACCGGCCUGUAUCCCCACCAUCGGAGCCUGUCGGGCUGCCCCCACAAAGACAGGGUCCCCCCAGAAAUUCUUGCAAUGUAUGAAAAUGUUCUUAAGUGCCCUACGCCUGGCUGUACGGGACGCGGUCAUGUCAAUAGCAACAGGAACUCACACCGCAGCCUCUCUGGUUGUCCCAUCGCAGCUGCGGAGAAGAUGGCCAAGAUCCAGGAGAAGCACCAGGUCAGCGACGGCCCCAAAUCCAACCAGGCCUCAGACCGUGUGCUGAGACCCAUGUGUUUUGUGAAGCAGCUGGAGAUCCCACAGUACGGCUACAAGAACAACGUUCCCACCAGCACCCCGCGCUCCAACCUGGCCAAGGAGCUGGAGAAGUACUCCAAGACCUCCUUUGACUACAACAGCGGCUACGACGGCCACCACCAGGUCUAUGGCAAACGAGCCAUCGCUCCCAGAACCCAGGGCCGUGACACCUCUCCCAAAGGAUACGACGUGAAGCGCUGCUGUAAGACCUCCAGCCCGGCCAGCAGCAGCAGCAGCAGCUACGCCCCGAGCAGCAGCAGCCUGAGCAGCGCCAGCAGCACCUGCAGCCGCAGCAGCUUCGACUACACCCACGACAUGGAGGCGGCGCACAUGGCGGCUACCGCCAUCCUCAACCUGUCCACCCGCUGCCGCGAGAUGCCCCAGAGCCUGAGCGGCAAGCCACAGGACCUGUGCACCCCGGCCCCGGAUACGGAGGUAGGUGAGAACGGGACGCUGGAUCUGAGUGUGAGCAGGGCUCGGGACGGGCCGGAGGGCAGCUGUGCGGUACUCACGCCGCUGGAGCCCAUGUCCCCGCAGCGCCAGGCCCUGAUGAGCAGCAGGUGCUACCAGCUGAGCGAUGCUGACUGCUGGGACCUGCCCGUCGACUACACCAAAAUCAAGCGCGUCGCCGACGACGACCUGAAAGAGCCUGACGACUUGGACCCCUUCCAGGACAUUCUGGAGGAGCGGCAGUAUCCCGGGGAGGUCACUGUCCCCAGCCCCAAGCCCAAAUACGCGCCCUGCAAGGAGAGCAAGAAGGAACUGCUAACUUUGUCUGGCUGCCCUCUAGCUGACAAAAACAUCCGCAGUGUGAUGGCCAGCAACUCACAAGACCUCAAGUGUCCAACACCAGGAUGUGACGGCUCGGGACACAUCACUGGAAACUACGCCUCACACAGGAGUCUGUCAGGCUGCCCUCGAGCCAAGAAGAGCGGCAUAAAGAUAACACACAGUAAAGAAGACAAGGAGGACCAAGAGCCAAUCAGGUGUCCGGUCCCCGGCUGUGACGGACAGGGUCAUGUGACAGGGAAGUAUGUGUCUCACCGCAGUGCGUCAGGGUGCCCCCUGGCGGCCAAGCGGCAGAAGGAUGGCUACCUGAAUGGCUCGCAGUUCUCCUGGAAGGCAGGGAAGACGGACGGCAUGUCGUGCCCCACGCCGGGGUGUGACGGCUCAGGACACGUCAGCGGGAGCUUCCUCACGCACCGCAGCCUGUCUGGCUGUCCCCGUGCUACAUCAGCCAUGAAGAAAGCCAGGCUGUCCGGAGUGGAAAUGUUAACGAUAAAGCAGCGGGCAAGCAAAGGAAUAGAAAAUGAUGAGGAAAUUAAGCAGCUGGAUGAAGAAAUCAAAGAUUUAAAUGAAUCAAACACACAGGUGGAGUCAGACAUGAUCAAACUCAGAACGCAGAUCACCACAAUGGAGACCAACCUGAAGUCUAUAGAGGAGGAGAACAAGGUGAUUGAGCAGCAGAAUGACUCCCUGCUCCACGAGCUGGCCAACCUCAGCCAGUCCCUCAUCAACAGCCUGGCAAAUAUCCAGCUCCCACACAUGAAACCGCUGCCAAACAAAGAUGCCCCCAUUACAAAUCACAGCUGUUUACAGAUGCAUCCGAGAGAGCCGAUGAACGAACAGAACUUCGACACCUACGUGAACACACUGACUGACAUGUACACACACCAGGACCAGUACCAGAGUCCAGAGAACAAGGCGCUGCUGGAGAACAUAAAGCAGGCGGUGCAGGGGAUCCAGGUGUAGCGCCCCCUGCUGGCUGCCGAGCAGGUGGCUCACCUGAGACAGGUGCGGGUAGAACAGUGUGAAAGGGUUGUCUCUCAGUGAUGCUGCAGUACUGUACAAGACAGUGUUAAAUAUUCAUUUCUGUUCUUUAAAAAAAGUGUUAUGCAUCCAAAACUUCAAAACAAUUUUUUUGGGAUCUUGCUUUAAGAAUACUCAACAGCAUACUAGUUUUUGAAAACAUUCAUGUUUUGUACAUUUUCAUAUGAGCUGACAUAAUGUGAUGUAAUGUUUAUAGCUGCUAAUGUAUACACAUUUUUACAAUAUACUGUAGGACAAGUUGUUUUUAAUGCUUAUUGACGAAGCAUUUUAGAUUCAUGCGCUGAACUGGAAAAAAUGGAAAAAAAAAAUGUGAAGGAGAAAAAUGCAAUCAGCUGCCACUUUCUAAUCAUCUCCUCUCCUCGUUGGAGGAUUUUAUGGAAUUUUAAAAUGUUUGUGUGGAGAUUGUUUAAUGGCAAGACUUGGAUGUAAAUUGCUUUAUUUUUUAAAUAUGUUUGAAAACUCUGUCUUUUGUUAAAAAGUGGUUGAUAUUGGUGGGUGGGGCUUUAAAAAUACGUUGAAAUGAAGUAUGAAAAGAAAUUGGCUUGAUGUGUGAUGGUUUUAUUGUAAACAUCAUGACACGGAAACCGGUGGAAAUCCCUAUCUCUAGAGAGGAGUACUUUAUGACUUCUGGAAAAAAAAAAAAAACACUUUUUCAUUCUGUGUUGUUAGAGACCCAUUGUCAUUCAGUCAGUGAGAAAGUGCUGUCAAAUGGCAAUAGAAAAUCUAGAGGAGAGUCUAGCAUUAGCUUUUAUUCUGUUCAAUUUUGAAAUUUCAGUAGCUAAAGUCAGACAACAUAUCAGCAAUACACGAUCACCAUUCAAUCACAUACGAAUAGAUAUGGGAUGCA